AUGCCUUCCGAAAAGCACGAGGGUGGUUCAAAUGCCCCAAGGAGCAGCAUGGGCUCUCAUAGGGCAAGCGAAGCCCGUGCCAGAACAGUGGCGCCAUCCCAAGCAACGCACCACGCUACUCACCGUGUACGCGAACUCUGUCAAGUCAUCCCUGCGACUGGUCAUGAUAAACCGCCAGGGGCCUGUGUUGCCGCCAUGCAUCCGUGUUAUCGGCCACUUGAUUUGGGCACAUGCAACCUGGUCAACAGCAACAAUGGCCUGUCUAGAAUGUACAACCCCGAAAGUAUUGCAAACACGCGAGCGUUCGAGACGACCAUGAAACCCGAAGACUACAAUAGGCUAUCCGAGGGCGACCAGAGAGCACUCGUGACGGCCAACUGGGCCCGAAACCACAGCAGCGACCUCCAUUCACCUGGACGUGCUCCUCCUCCGCCUCCACCUCCACCCCCUUCAGCCUCCGUCAAGGUCACUCGUCCUCCACCAUCGCUACGCGAGGUUGCAGCACCACCGCCGCCGCCGCCACCACCACCACCUCCUCCUCCUUCGCUCGCUAGGUCAGCUCGUGCCGCCGUUGCACCUCCACAACCUCCACCUCCCCCUCCUAGAGUUCCCAGCUCAGUUCACGGUGCAGGACCACCUCCGCCACCGCCGCCUCCUUCAGGUCUUAGGUCAACCCAUGCCGCCGUGCCACCUCCCCCGCCGCCCCCUCCACCGCUAUUAGCAGCAGGUCAAGUGGGACGGACACCAUCUCAGAUCCCACUCCCAAAGUCUACAGUGCUUUCCAAAGCUUCUUUCAAAGAUCCAGUGGCGGCGCCCGUUCACAAAGUCGAAUUCAUCUCGCCCGGGAGUCGUGUCUCUGCCGCUAGAAGCAGAGCACCUACCUUGACACCGUCGGAUUCGAUCUCCAACAGGUCUGCAUCACGGACGAAGAUCGAAACGGUCAAGGCUGCCUUGACGAAGGGUGCUUCGCUGGUCAAAUCUUCCAGAGGCAACGACGCGAGUUGCGAGCUUUGUCGUCGAGGCUCCAACAUUCCCCAGGUCGACGGGGCGCGGAUAUGCUCUGGCUGCGUCCAGUCGCAUAGAUUUUUGGUAGCGCAGAGUUCUGGCAACAGGCAUUGAGUUCGAAUGGAUGUGCCUGGUCAUGCGAGAACGUACGGUUGAAAUUGUUUGUUGGAGAGCACGAAAGUGACGACGUACACGAACGGGUAAUUAGUCAUGGGGCAAUGUUUGUACUUGAUCGAGAUAGGGUCAACAAAUCGUCGGGCCUGAGCCUUCACGUGCUGAGUACAACCUGGGGUGUCUGGGGGGACGACAGAUCGUAGCAAGUGGGAUGCAUGAGGGUUUGCUAAUGGUCCUUGGGGUCCGAAUCUACAGUACAGGAAUCCAAUUAGCCCACAAUACGCUGGUGAUGAAC